UGGGUGAAAACGUGUCAAAUCCGCUGGUCUUUCAGCGGCUCUCGAGAACCUGUGCGAAGCCUGAGAUCAACGCCGUUCAGUGGAGAAGAAGCUAACGUGAGGUCACGUGCUAGGGUCAGGGCGGGAGAUGACCGGGAGCUCGUGUCCCUGUGGGCGCCGCUCGUCCUGCCCCGGACAGGUGCGAGUUCUCAUCUCUUGGGUCGUGGCCUCUUGGCGUCACCUCCAAAGGUAGCGUUAGGUGGCGCGGGACCCCCGCAACAGUCUGUGCGUCUGCUUCCCGAGUCCAACUCCGUUGCUCGACGCCGGUCUCUCCAAGGCCCGAAGUGGCACGUGGAGUCAAAAUGGGGAAGUGAGCACGCUACGCUGAGCGCGUUCCACCCUCGGCUGCGACCGUAAGGCUCUGUUACGUUUAACGCAGCUCUGCGUAUGUGUGUGUUGUCGGCUGGUGGGGUCGAGUCAACCCCUCCUCCCCAGGAUCAGCCCAGAAGGGCUCUCUCUGCUGACAGAAGAGACAGAGCUCUGGACAUGUGUUCUAGCUAGUUCUGUCCUCAGUUCCUGUGAUCCUUGGAGGGUUCGCUAUAUUCAUGUUAAACUGAAAUGAAUGCUGCAGUCCACUGUGUUCCGGCUGACUCUGGCUCUGAAUUGCCUGCAAUAUGUGUCUUAUUGCAAUGGACUGACCAUGUCCUGGAGACUGUUUCCUACUUUGUACCCUGUGCUUCAGGGAUAUUCCCUGGUGUAGUUUCCAUUUUGCUGUUUGAACUGUUCUUGAGUUCUUGUUCUAGAACUGCUUGUCCAACUUGUACCCUCCACUCUGGUUUCCAGGGAGAGGUCAGUCUAGCUGAUGAGAUCUGGAGGCCAUUGCCUUCCAGAGAGCUCUGUCCUGCACUGACACAUGAAGGUUGUCCUCCUGCUGUUCUCUUGAGCAUUGAUGAGGCUGCUGGUCAUGGUGGGAAGGCUGGUCUGAUUGAGGCGAAUGGAGAGCUGAAGGUUUUCAUUGACCAGAACGUGAGUCCCAGCAAAGGGGUUUUGUCUCUUGUCACCGUUCAUCCGUCCAUCACACUGGGGAAGCAGCUACUGCCCAAAACCCUGGGCCCCUCUAAUGUCAACAUUGCGCCCCACAUGGUGAUCGGCACGCCCCAGCGGGCCGCCGGCUCCAGCUCUAUCCUCGUGGGCAGCCCUCAUACACCCAGCACCCAGUUCCUGCCGAGCCAGCAACCGGACUCCUCGCCCUGGUCCACGGGGAAGAGGGGCAGGAAGGGAGAGAAGAAUGGCAAAGGCCUGCGGCACUUCUCCAUGAAGGUUUGCGAAAAGGUGCAGAAGAAGGGUGUCACAACGUACAAUGAGGUUGCAGAUGAACUUGUGGCCGAGUUCAGCUCCACGGACAACCACAUCUCGCCCAGUGACUCGCACGUGUACGAUCAGAAGAACAUCCGGCGACGCGUGUACGAUGCCCUCAACGUCCUCAUGGCCAUGAAUAUAAUCUCUAAAGAGAAGAAGGAGAUCAAGUGGAUCGGCCUCCCCACAAACUCAGCCCAGGAGUGUCAGAACCUGGAGCUGGAGAGGCAGCGGCGCCUAGAAAGGAUCAAGCAGAAACAGUCGCAGCUGCAGGAGCUCAUUGUGCAGCAAAUUGCCUUCAAGAACCUCGUUCAGCGAAACCGGCAGGCGGAGGAGCAGUCCAGCAGGCCGCCGUCCCCCUUCUCCAUCAUCCACCUGCCCUUCAUCAUUGUCAACACCAGCAAGAAGACAGUCAUCGACUGCAGCAUCUCCAGCGACAAGUUCGAGUACCUGUUCAACUUUGACAACACGUUUGAGAUCCACGACGAUGUGGAGGUGCUCAAGCGCAUGGGCAUGGCCCUGGGCCUUGACGUGGGCAGGUGCUCCCCGGAGGACCUGAAGGUGGCGCGCGGCCUGGUACCCAAAGCGCUCGAGCCCUACGUGACAGAAAUGGCGCAGGGUUCGAUAAGCAGUGUAUACAUCACAGGAGGCUCUUCGGCCAACGGGGGGCGCUUCCACACGGGCAGUGAAAGUGUUGAUGGAACAGCUGCUUCCAGCUCCAACGACUCUCACUACAGCGGCUCCCGAGUUGAGACCCCUGUGUCCUGCAUGGAUGAUGAUGACGAGGAUGAAGACUACGAUGAGAACGAGGAUGAAGAUUAAUGCGCCCGGUUUCUUAGCAGUCCCC